AUGGAAUCCCUCCCCCCAUAUGCAGUCUCUGCGACAAACCGAAGUGGCUUGAUUAUCAUCGUUGAAACACUGUUUAUGACGUGGAUGAUCAUAGUUAGUCUGAUUCGACUGUACAUGCGUCUCGCAAUCAAUGGACCGGUCAAGAUUGAUGAUGUGGUAGUCUUUGCCGGCAGUGACGUCUAUGCAGCGAACCUUUUAUUCCUGGCUGGACACGGCGCGGCAAAGAUUUCCAUAUGUUUGCUUCUCAGACAACUCGGCCGGCAAGAAGGCUACGUGCUCUGUUCCAAGAUCCUUCUGGGCAUGGUGACGGCGUGGAUGCUUGCUUCGAUUCUUGCGGCUGCCCUCAGUUGCUUCCCACAAUACCAAUUUACCAUGGCCCAACAUUGUAGCAAUAUCGGCAUUGCCUGGAAAAUGAUCACUGUCUUUGACGUGAUUACGGAAAUCCUUACCUUCGCACUGUGUAUUUUACUAGUGUGGGGGGUUCAGAUGCGGUGGAAGCAAAAAUGGGCGGUAGUUUUUGCGUUUGGGACGAGGGCUCCGGUUGUCAUCUUAAUCAUACUUCGCCAAAACUAUCUCAACCACUCCCUUUUCCAUUCCGACGCACCUCUUUAUCUAUCUGAUGCAAUUAUCGUGACCGCCGUUCUUCUUCACACCAGCAUUAUGGUAUCUACAGUGCCAUGUCUAAAGCCGUUUGUAAUUUCAUUCAACACAGGAUGGGGACAGGGCAUCACGAACGGAAAGGGUCAAAAUUCGUAUUUCACACCGACUGGGAAGAGCGCAUCCACCAACCAAUCUCACAUCUACUCAACAAACCGAGAGGGUGACGAGGUUGAUCUGACUACUUCCCGGCAGUCGCAGGAUAGCCAGCACUCGCGACGUCUGAUUAUUCACCAGACGCGUGAGUGGAGGGUGGAGGAGGAGUAUGAGAUGCAUUCUAUGCAAGAUGGAAUUUAA